CGUGAUCGGAAGUAAAACUGGCUCCAGCUCCGCGUUUGGAUUUUCCACCGGGCCCUCGGCCAAUCAGAGAGACAUCUGGACAAUUUCACAGCAGCGAAAAGUGGGUUCGAGAAGGGGGAAGGAGAGGCAGUUUUUCCGUGUGAGUUGGAGGGGUGAGUGAAAGUGAAAAAGUGAAAUUCAAGGUUGGAAAAGUGGAGAAAAGUGAUGGAGUGAGUGAACACGAGUAAAAACAGCUAACGAAGCUAAAAACACCUGACCGGAACGUGGACGACUAACUGCUGGUCCGGGUUCCAAGUGUCCACACGGUGGGUUUACCAAGGAAACCUUACGAAGCGUGUUUUUCGCUCCAAAUCCAAUCAUCAUAAACUGUGCGCCUCGUCACAAUUGUUGCCAGAUUUGUUCGCUUUUUUCAUCUCGUCUCUUCCGAGCAGAAGAGAUUCAGGUGUGUGUUUGUCUGCCUUGAAAAUUGUGCGUGCGUGGUGGUACACGUGCGUAGCGGUCGCCACGUGCGUGAUUAAAACGCGCGGAAUCUAUCACGAGCUUGGCUGGGAGCACAGUGUUGCCAGUUGCAGUGAGAAUCGUGAGAGUAGAACUCGCAACUCUCACGAGGAAGCGCGUCACUCACGGUGGUAUCGUCGUUCGGCUUCGGCAUGGCGGUGUUCAAAGUGGGACCACCAGUAGUGCAUGGAAGUUGAUCCAGACGUCAGUACUUUCCGUGAUCGCAGAGUAGCAGCUUCUUCUUCGGGGGAAGGUCUCCGUCGCCGGUGGAUCACUUAGCCCCAUACCAGCAGUUGGAGGUUUGAUAGUGUGUUGGUUGGUAGUGGUAGUGGUGUAGUGUUGGUAAUGUUGCAACAACGGCUGGAUAUCAAUUAUAAGAUUGUAGAAGCCAGCUACCCGUGACAAAGUGUGGUGUUAAACGUAUAAUUUAUGGCUGCACUCGAAAUUCUUGUCUAAUUGAAGCAGAUUCACACCGGUGAAGAGGAGUGCAACAGCUGAGGGAAGUUUGAGGAAAUUUUGAGGAAGACACAAUUUGUUUGGGGGUGGUGCCGUUAGCCAAGUGUGAAACCUGUAUUUAACGGAAUUUGGGUCAAUCGUGGGGGAGGCGAAAAGGAAAACGUGGAAAAAUUGCGGGAAAUCGUUAGUCAUACCGAGAGUGACGGAACAUCUGAACCGUGAAAUCUCCCUGCAAAAACAUCAAAGGUGAAAAUUCGAUAGUAUUGUGUUCAAGUGGAAAUCGUGUAUUGACAGCCCUAAGAAAAACAACAAGAAGAAGAAGAAGUACAAGAAGAAAAGUUCAGAGAACAAUUCAAAGGCAAACACACAACACAACUCUCGGCGAAAUGGCCUUGUUCGCAGAAAUAUGAGUCGAAUCGGCUUGGCUGGCUGCUUGGCCUGGAAGCUGUUUUAACGUCUUUAGGAAGAAACGCGUUUGUAAACAUCGCUGAAAGCAGCAGCUGCGACGACGUCGACGGCAACUACAAGGAGUGCAAAGAUUCCACCGCGACUACGGUACUUCGAAAGCAAGAAGCAAGAAGAGCGAUCUAGAACUCAAGAUGAAAAACAUACCCGCCCUUCGGCAGCCACCUUACGUCACCGACAGUUUCCGUGGCAGUGUUGCCGGCGAUGUUGAAGCAGCGAGUUACGAGCAUUUUUGAGUCGGUUUGAACCAGCCCUCCCCCUUUAGUGAAGAAGAAGUUCGACCGUUUUGUGCAAGCCAGAGUGUGUUUUAGGGUCGGUUAGCAUAGUUUAAACGGUGAAUUCGGGAAAAGGUUGGAAAAUUUUAACCUUUCCCACCUAGAGAGCAAGCAUAUGAGUACGAAGAAGUAGUGAAGUUUAUUCCGGGUGGAAGCUGUGUGUGUGUAGUGCGGCAGUGGGAGUAUAAUCCGCAAUUUUUCGACACGUCAGCGACACGCGACACAGUUUCGGAACACGCUCUUUCCGGCUGAACAUCGUCAUAGGAGGCGUCAAAGCUGUUGGAACUAGAGCGUAACCGUCUCCGUUCUCCAACGACGCCAACGACACCAGGCAGAGCCGGGGACGAAAUACGAUAACACGGGCCUGUAGUAGCGGGUGGUAGCAACACACAGAAGUAGAAACAAGAUCAAACAAAAAUGGCCAUGAAUAUCCACAAGUGGGAAAAGCUAUCGCCAAGUGAAUUCCAGCAGCUGCAAGAUCUCGCCUCAUACUCGACAAAAAAGCUCCAGACUGUCCUGCAAGAGUUCUGCUCACCAACGACACCCACAGCGACCCGCUUCCUUCCGGAUGGGGACAUCGAGUACGACGGCUUCCGGCGCUUUCUGGACGCCUUCCUGGACUGCGAAACGCCCGAGGAGCUCUCUAAGCAUCUGUUCAUAUCAUUCCUAAAGCCGGCCCUGUACCAGGCCCAGCACAGCCAUGGCAAGGCCCUCUGCCAGAUGGCCGCGAUUAGCAGCAACGCGGCGUGUGCCCCCGUGACGUCACACAACCGAGGGUCAAUCCCCAACCUGAACAACAUCAUCGAUCUGCCGACGCCACAGCCUUCCCAGGAAUCGCAGCGGAACAGCUUCGUGGAAAGGAUUCACGGCAUCACGGACAAGCUGCAGUCCCUUGGGGGCCAUCUGGGCCACGAUAGCGGAGGCGGUGGGGAUCGGCAGGGCAAAAGUGGAACGGUACACCCGAUGCUGACGGUGACACCGAGCCCGAUGGGAGGCAGCACCUCGAUCCUGCCAGCUCCGUUCCGCCGGUCCGCCGACUCCAGCCCCUCGCACAGUCACUCCCACAGCCACUCGCAAAUCUCGCGGAACUCGUCGCGCAAGAGCAACAACUCCGUCAACUGCCGGAUCGAAGAUAUUCGAUUACUUCCUCGAAAGCAGUCCUAUCUGGAUCCACUGCUGUUCAAGGUGCCACUGAAGGAUGUCGUCUGCUAUCUGUCCCUCUUGGAAGCCGGUCGCCCCGAGGAUAAGCUGGAAUUCAUGUUCCGGCUGUACGACACCGACGGAAACGGCGUCCUGGACACCACCGAAACCGACGCCAUCGUAAAUCAAAUGAUGUCCGUCGCGGAAUAUCUCGGCUGGGACGUGUCCGAGCUGAGGCCGAUCCUCCAAGAUAUGAUGACGGAAAUCGACUACGACGGGGACGGGUGCGUCUCGCUAGAAGAGUGGCAACGGGGCGGAAUGACCACCAUCCCACUGCUGGUGCUGCUGGGUGUCGAUAACACGCUGAAAGAGGACGGCUACCACGUGUGGCGGCUGAAACACUUCUCGAAGCCGGCUUACUGCAACAUGUGCCUCAAUAUGCUGGUCGGCCUGGGCAAAAAAGGACUUUGCUGUGUGUUGUGCAAGUACACGGUCCACGAGCGGUGCGUCCAACGCGCUCCGGCUUCCUGUAUCGCCACGUACGUCAAGUCGAAGAAGUCGAAAACGACCACCACCUUCCAGCACCACUGGGUCGAGGGCAACUGUUACGGGCGGUGCUCCAAGUGCCGGAAGCGCAUCAAGGCGUACAACGGCAUCACCGGACUGACGUGCCGCUGGUGCCGGAUGAUGCUCCACAACAAGUGCGCUUCGCUGGUGAAGGCCGAGUGCUCGCUGGGCGAGUUCGCCAACCAGGUGCUCCCACCGACGGCCAUCUGUCCGGCCGUGCUAGACCGCCAAAAGUCCAUCAACUUUACCACCAACAACCGGGGGAAGAGCGUAUCAUCGACGAUUCACUUUCAAAUCAGCACUAGCGCGAACAUUUGUCCACUGUUGGUGUUCAUCAACCCGAAAAGUGGCGGCCGCCAGGGAGACCGGAUAUUACGGAAGUUUCAGUACCUGCUCAACCCGCGUCAGGUGUACGACCUGUCCAAGGGAGGUCCCGUCGAGGGUUUGACGAUGUUCAAGGACGUGCCCAACUUCAAGGUGAUAUGCUGCGGUGGCGAUGGAACCGUGGGCUGGAUUCUGGAAGCGAUGGACUCGGUUGAGCUGCAGUGUCAACCAUCGAUCGGGGUCAUCCCACUUGGGACGGGGAACGACCUGGCGCGGUGUCUCCGGUGGGGUGGUGGUUACGAGGGAGAAAGCAUACCCAAAGUACUGGACAAAAUCCAACGCUCGUCCGUGGUCAUGAUGGAUCGGUGGAGCAUCGAGGUGAAGAAUCAUCCAACGACGUCCUGCGACGAGCUGCCCUUGAUACCCACGCAUAAGGUACUACAGGUGACCCUUUCGGAAAACGUGCAAAAAGUGAUAGAGCUCUCGCAUAGAAUAAUUGUGGAAAAAUCUGUGAUUCAAUCGUGCGACGAAAAUAGUACAAAAACCACCGAGAUCUCGAUGGAGAACACGAAGCGUGUCGUUCUGAGUGACAAUAAUGGCACCAGCACCGAGUCACACCACCAGCACCAUUCGAUGACAACGAUUUCAUCGUCGCACAAGGAAAUUACUCAGCAAACAACCCGCGCCACGAGCAAUGGCGAUAUUGUCAGCAAAGAACCAACGUCGUCGUCGCCACCACCGCACUCGGAAACGGUCAUUAACGGCUCCAGCGAGUGUCACACGGAAGUCAUCAACGGUAGCGCAGACCCCACCUCGCCGACCUCCCCAAAGGACUCGGAAAUCGAUAAGGCACGUGCGGACGAGAACAACGAACCGGACGAGGUGGUGGCUUCACCGACCUCGACCACUGCAAAGGAAAGAAUUGUUGACCUACCGAAGCUUAUCAAACCGCAGGCCGCAUCAGAAUUCACCAUCCCGUACAACAUCGUCAACAAUUACUUCUCGGUGGGAGUGGAUGCCGCCAUUUGUGUCAAGUUCCAUCUGGAGCGGGAGAAGAAUCCGCACAAAUUCAACAGCCGGAUGAAGAACAAGCUGUGGUAUUUUGAGUAUGCCACGUCGGAAACGUUUGCAGCGUCGUGCAAAAAUCUGCACGAAAAACUCGAAAUCGUGUGUGAUGGCGUUUCACUGGAACUGGCCAACGGUCCCCAGCUGCAGGGUAUUGCCCUGCUCAACAUCCCGUACACCCACGGGGGCUCGAACCUGUGGGGCGAACAUCUGUCCCAGAAACGGAUGCGGAAGGGACCGUUCCGGAAGAAGCUGAAAAACUCCGACAAAGAGCUGAGCGCCAACAGCUUCAACUCGGUGGACCUCUCGAUAGCGAUACAAGACAUCGGCGACCGGCGGAUCGAGGUGAUCGGGCUGGAGAACUGCCUGCACAUGGGCCAGGUGCGCACCGGGCUGAGGGCGUCCGGCCGUCGAUUAGCACAGUGCAGCGAAGUCGUGAUAACCACCAAAAAGACCUUUCCCAUGCAGAUCGAUGGCGAGCCGUGGAUGCAGGGACCGUGCACCAUCCGGCUAACGCACAAGAAUCAGGUCCCGAUGCUGAUGGCCCCACGGUCCGAGAAAAGCGGAGGAUUCUUCAACUUUCUCAAGAGAUGACUAUCACGGAAGCCCGACACGAGCAGCGAUCCCCACGAGGCCUAGCCUUUAAGCGUGUCGGACGACGAAUCACGGGGUUGAAUCGGCCGGUCCGUUCCUUAAAAGUCGGCGGCAUCGCUCGCGUAACGAUGGCGUCGCAGCUGAACUAAAGCUUUAAACAAGAACCAAUGAAGAAACCAAAAAACCCAUAGUUGAAGAAGAGAGAUUUUUGAAAUUGUUUCUGCUAUCAACUUGUACAGACUUAAUUUAAUUUAGAUACAUUUUUCCCUUUUACAAUUUAUAUCCAAUUGUCGAUUCCGGAUAAGUAGAUAACGAUUUCGUAUCGAAACUCGUUACAACUAGCAAAGAAGAAUCUCAACCUUUUCUACGAAAUACUUUAGACCAGUCGCAAACCCAUCCAUUAGAAGAAGAAAAAAGGUCACAAUUCCUCUGCACUCAGUAAUAGUGACUAUGCUCCAACUCGUAACACAUUUCACCCAGACUCACCAAUCACAGCUGAAAUAUACAGAAAAGAAAUAAUACCCGUAUCAACCAUGUUCUGGACGUAUCUGCAUCGUAUGUUCUGGACAGUCGACCCGAAGGGACCUCCCCUUCCCCUAAGUGUAAUCUGCUAAGCUUGUAUUGCUUCCCUGAACGCAGCAAAGGUUUCUUUCCCUUUACAAUUUUUCAUUUGAACACCUUACAAUCGUGCACACAGACACACACACUUACAUUAUCUCGCAUACAAGCAGCUCGUUAUGUUACCUGUCCUGUAAAGAAAAAUAGACAAAUUGGUAAUAUUGCAAUCAUUCUGUUUAACAUUUAGAUUCUGGAUGGUUGCGUUUCUAGAGUACACUUUUCCACAAUCUAACUGCUCGAUGAUGACUAAAACAUGGUAUUUUUCAAAAAGAGUUAAUUCAACCGUGACUUACACAUUUUCCUCGAAGAAAUGGCUCGUUGCACUUGAUUUAUCAUGCUUACUGCAAAGCACUUCCCUUUUUAAAUUGGCUUGAACUUUGUUGGUGUCUUCUUUUUGAACAAAACAGAUAUUUUGCAUCAUUAGUUCGUCCACACAAGUCUCCAAGCCAUUCUGAAGUGACGAAAUAGCCAACUUAUCUUGACCAAAAAAGCAAUGCGGAAAAGUUUAUUAUAGAAAAGUUCAUCUUUUCAGAAAUUGCAUCGAAAAACUUUUCGACACUGUUUAGGUUUUUGAGUUGACCAAACUCACAGACGCCAAACAAAAGCGGGGAAACUAACGUUUUACUUGAAAAUUCAAUUCAAAAGUGUUUUCGGAAUUGCGAAACAUGUUGCAUGCAACUCGUUGAUAACCUCGAGUGCUGAAAAAAUCAAGUUUUGCAACGAGUUGCUUACACCAUUUUUUGCAAUUCCGAAAAACGCUUCUUGAAUAGAAUUGUAAGUCAAAAAUUCAUGUGUUUGGUAUUUAAAUUCACCUUGCAAAACAAAAAAAAAAUAUUGAAAAAUGUUACUGGUGUUGAAAAGUUCAACUUUCAGCACCCAAUUCACUUUUCAGCACUGGUUAUUGACAGGUAUUAAUUUUCCAUUCAGUUAUGUUUGGUAGGGAAAAGUAGGCCGUUUCGUUUCUCCAGAAGGACAGGAAAAGUUGACAGUUUCACAGCGGAAUUGCCAAAAUUGCUAUUUUAAUAUUCAGCAGUUCCAUAUAAAAAUGUAAGAAAAAAAUGCUUAGAUUUGGCUCAAAAUUGGACUGGAGGUUCCCUGGUCGAAAUAAUUAGACCCGUAUUUUUUUUUGGCCAUUAGGGUGACCAACGUAGUGUUAGGGUGGUCCGAAAAAAGUCAUAACUUCGCUCCAUUUUAACUGAUUAGCUGUCUUGGGCGCAAAUGAAAGAUGAUAAGUUUGAAAAAUAGAAUGGAGUUUCAAAAAUCUAGUCUAACAUUUGAAAAAGUCUUAUGAAAACUUCAAAUGCCGUUUUGAUGGUGUCUGGACCAAAAAGCCUAUAUUUGAAAAUAUUUUUAAAGGAUUCCUCGGACGAUUUCACGACGAUUUCACAAAUUUAAAAACAAAUGGGCGAGGUUCAUGAACAGGAUUCCAAGAUAUGAUAUUUUGAAAAUAAAAUGUGGUUUUUUCGACGCGCCGCGCAUUUAUAAAUUACGCAAUUUUUGGUACCCAAACAUAUAUAGGUAAUUGCUGAAAUUUUCGAGUUAUCGCAGUUUUAGUUAAGGGGUUACAUACAUGUAGAAAAUCACAAAAUUUCAUAUUACAGACAAUUUUCUAAAUCCAGUAAAAAGAUGAUUUUCAAUCACUCCUGAAGAUUUCAUGAAGAUAUUACAUGAUUAAACUGAGUUAUUGACGAUUUUAAGCUCAAAAUUUUGCCAUGCGCAAAGCGGACUGUCAAACUUUCUAAGCGUUUUUCUCGAAACACCGAAUUGAUUUACGGGUGCCACGAUAUCUCGAGAUGGGAUGGACCAAAUUGGCUGAAAUUCGGGGUGAAGACUCUCAAGAAAUAUCCCGUGUGCAUGACAAAGCUCUAUUUUGAAAUUUUGCUUUUUUAAAAAAAAUACAAAAAUCAAAAACUGACGAUUUUUUAUGUGAUAAUCAAAAAAAUAUUUUUAUCUUUUUUAAAAAUAUGUUUUUUGAAAAUCGGCCUUCGUCAUGCACACAGGACCAGUCUAACGAGCCUUCACCAAAAUUUUGAGCCGAUUUUGUCAAGGCAAUGUUAAGAUAUCGUGGUACCCGUUUUUUGAUUGUUGCACCUUUUUUGAUUUCUGUAAUAGUAUUUGUUAUAUAACUUUUUAUAGAAAACAUCUUUUCAUGAGCUUUUUGUAGCAAAAUGUUCGGCAUGAGUUUCUGAACAAAACGUAGUACUAGGUUUUUGUCAAACUUUAAAUUGUUACAUGUUUCAUCACAAAAUGGUCCCGCCCGUGUGGACCAAUCGGACCGCUCACUGGACUCACAAUCCAGAGGUCGACGGUUCGAAUCCCGCGGCGGGCGCUCUAAAAUUCUUUGUGUAAAUAUGGGUAUUCGGCGCCGUCGCACCGUGCCAUACUUUCAUACACUUAGGAGCCCAGGGCGGCGAAGUCCUUGUAGAUAAAAAGGAAGACACUAGUGGUUGGUACUAGCAAUGGUGGCCGACAGCUAUAAAGUCAACUUCGUUUUUUUCAUCACAAAAUGUGCAUAAUGCCCAAGGGGUAUAAAUACUUUUUUUUACAUACUGUAUAACAUAAUAAAACAAUUAAUUAUGUCAUCAGUUAAUGCAUAAGCAUCAGUUUUUGAAGUUAUGGAUAAGUGGUCGACAACAAAUCUUUGUUCCAACUUUUUCGUCCUUAACUUUAAUUUUACACACUCGGAGAAACUUAAGGUGAUAACACAAACCAACCUGUUGUUAAAUAGGUAAAAUUGUUCAAAGAUAAUGAUGGAGCUUUUAUGAUUGACCGUGGUGUGCCCUGUAUAUCUGUGAUUGUGAUCAAAAGUUAUGCAAGUAUGAUUAAUUCUUAAAGCCAUUGUAUUUAUUGAAUUAAAAUUGUACCAUUUCCCAAAAGUUUUUUUUUUGUUUCACUCAAAAACUAAAAUUAACAAUUGUUUAAGUAAAUAGGUCCCCUAAACAAAAUUAUUAUCUAAAAACCCACAGCGAAGAAAAUUUGUUACCAACGUAAAAACUAACUCUGUUUUCGUCCCUCUCCUUUAUCAAAAUCAUGCACUAGUUAAUCGUAAAAACUUAUCUAAAAGUCGCUUUGCAUGUGUUGUGUAUCGAAUAGACAAACCUGUGAAAUCUGUGUUUGCAAAAGCCAAAGGCUUCAACUCUAUUAUAUGCGGUAGGGAAUAUUACGUUUACCUUUCGGUUUCUCUUAAUUUUUCUACAAGCAAAAAUAACAACUAGAAAGUGAUUUGGGUGGGCUGGCGCAAAUAGAAAUAAAAAAAAACGCAGCCACGUGGAACGGGAUUGACUAUUCUGUGUUGGACGGUGAGAAGAGGGGAUUUAUUUUUGCUUCGGAAACACCACAGUAGCAGUUAACAACAUGAGGCUCAUAAGUGUACAUAUUUGUAGUUUAGCAUUCAUGUUCGAGCAUUUCAAAAGUCACUUUAAUAUCGAAAAUCGUCUGUCUGUGAGUGCACUGAAAAAAAUGAUGGUGAAAAGUGCAGUAUUAGCUACAAUAUUUAAAAAAAAACUUUAAAAAUAUAAACUGAAAUUCUAAAGUAGCUCUGUAAGGAAAAGUGAAAACACGCAGAAUUUGACGAUAUUGUAGUUAGCGAAAAGGAUGAAAAAUCGAGUAUUCUAAAGAAUAAAUAUAUGAAAAGUUGAGUAGUUUAGACAACUUCUAUCAAAAAGUUACAUCUUUACAGCUUCAGUUUUAGCGAAUGUAAAACAAAAACAAAACCACUUUCUUUAUGGGGAAAAGAUAACUGUUACGUAUCUUGGUAUGAUUUAUCAGUAUUGCUUGUGUUUAAGUAUUUUUAUAACAAACGACGAGGACUCGAGUGCAGCGUACGCCAACCGCCUCUGGAUAGUAGUUUCAGGCCUAAAAUACUGAUUUUUAUAUAUAAUAACAAAACAUAUUAUAUAUCAGACAAGCAGAGAUAUUAUAAAACAAACUAAAAUAAUGGUAGAAAGUAAUGAAAACAUGGCAUAAAAAAGAUCGAAUGUAUAAUUCCUGUAAAAAAAAUAUGGAUGAUGGUUUUUUCCCAACCAACUAAAUCUUUGAAGUGUGCUUUGUUUGUGACUGAAAAGAAUGUUGAGCGUAUAUGCUACCAAGUAGCUAAUAUUUAAAAUUAUAUGGAACUUAUGUUUGUGUUAUUUAACUUUGUACAAAAAAAACUGCUAGUUAAAUACUUGUAGACAUAACAAAUUUAAUUUUCCAUUCAAAGCGUUUAGUUCACUGCGGUAAGAAGAGUGUAACUUUGAACACAAAAUAUACACGAAAGUUUCGGACCAAACGGGGCACUAUUAGAUGGCAUUUAGCAAAGUGUAGUCCUUUUCACCGAAAUUAUAUGUUUUCUUAUCCUAACCCAAGCGGUUCAAACAUGAAAUUUUAAAUUCCUUAGAAAUUCUGUACAACUCAUCUGUUAUGAUUGGCACCGAUUUGUUU